CUUUCCCCCGCCAUUUUUCUUCCUCCCUCUCAAAAAAAUCCUUCUCCCUCCAUUUCUCCCAUCCUCUCUCUCUCUCUCUCUCUCUCUCUCUCUGUUCUUCCGAUUUCCCAUCCCCAAAAGAAGGGAAAACAAUCUCCUCCUCGAAUUCGUUUCUUAUGUGACCCCGUCGCCGAAAGCCAAAUCCCGCCCCCGGUGAUCCCCACCACCACCACAACGCCGGCCGAGAUAUGAGCAGAGAGAAGGUCAAUGUCCGUUGGCGUUCUCGUCCUCUCUCUGCGUUUUCCCCCAACUCGUUGAUUCCGCUUCUGCUGCUGCUAUUGCUGUCGUUUUCGCCUCCGGUUUCCUGCCAGGACGACGAUGGCGACAUCCCCAGAAACAUACAGACCGCCGCAGCUGGUGGCGGCGGUAAUCAGGUCGCCGAGGAGCUCCUCUCGCAGGCGCUCUACAACAGUUUCGCCAAUUUCACCACCAUCUUCAAGCAGGACAUCAAGAAGCACUUCGGUUUCUGCAUUACCGACGUGGAUAGGGAUUGGAAUGAAGCUUUCAACUUCUCCAAGAACACCAAAUUCAUGUCCAAUUGCGCCAAGAGAACCAACGGGGACAUUGGGCAGCGUAUAUGCACAGCAGCAGAGAUAAAGUUCUACUUCAAUAGCUUCUUCACCAAGGGUUCGAAGACAUCUAAUUAUUUGCAUCCGAACAGGAACUGCAACCUGAGCUCAUGGGUGUCUGGAUGCGAGCCAGGGUGGGCUUGUAGCGUGGGAAAGGGAAUCAAGGUCGACCUGAAGAACUCCAAGGACAUGCCUACCAGAAGUUCCGAUUGUGAGAGCUGCUGUGAAGGGUUCUUCUGCCCUCAUGGUCUCACUUGCAUGAUACCUUGCCCGUUAGGUGCUUACUGCCCACUUUCAACACUAAACAAGACUACAGGCGUAUGUGAGCCAUACCAUUACCAACUCCCUGCUGGGAAGCCAAACCAUACCUGUGGAGGAGCUGAUAUUUGGGCUGAUAUUGUGAGUACUGGUGAUGUAUUCUGUUCAGCAGGAUCAUACUGUCCGUCUACUAUCGAAAAACUUCCUUGCACUAGGGGGCAUUACUGCAGGACUGGUUCUACACAUCAAUCAGGUGGGUUCCUUUCCUCUGUGCAUACUAACUUUGCCACUGAUCUUGCAGGGUGUUUCAAGUUGGCAACAUGUGUACCACAUUCAGCAAACCAAAAUAUUACUGCAUAUGGGCUCUUGCUUUUUGCUGGGCUAUUCUUUCUGCUUAUCAUAAUCUACAACUGUUCUGAUCAAGUACUGGCAACUCGAGAGAAAAGACAAGCCAAAACCAGAGAGAAAGCAGUUCAAAGCGUAAGAGAAACCCAGUCACGUGAAAAAUGGAAAUCAGCAAAAGAAACAGCUAAGAAGCACGCAUUGGAUCUCCAAAGCCAGUUCUCAAGAACAUUUUCUCGUGUAAAGUCCAAAAGGGAAGACACCAGCUCUUCGACAAAAGGAAAGAAAAAGGAGAAAGGAAACCUCACAAAAAUGCUGCAGGAAAUCGAGGCCAACCCUGAGGGACAUGACGGCUUCCAUGUCGAGAUCGGAGACAAAAACAUUAAGAAACAUGCACCAAAGGGUAAGCAGUUACACACUCAGAGCCAAAUGUUCAGGUAUGCAUAUGGCCAGAUCGAAAGGGAAAAGGCUAUGCAAGAGCAGAACAAGAACUUGACCUUCUCUGGGGUAAUCUCGAUGGCUAGUGAUGUUGAAAUCAGGAAAAGACCCACUAUAGAGGUUGCUUUCAAGGAUCUAACCCUCACUUUGAAGGGGAAAAACAAACACCUAUUGAGAUGCGUGACUGGCAAGUUAUCACCUGGACGAGUCUCCGCUGUCAUGGGGCCAUCUGGAGCUGGAAAAACAACCUUCCUCUCUGCUUUGACUGGAAAAGCACCUGGCUGUCAGGUCACAGGCAUGGUUCUUGUAAAUGGUAAAGCAGAACCAAUCCAAGCAUACAAGAAAAUCAUUGGCUUUGUGCCUCAAGAUGACAUUGUGCAUGGCAACUUGAGUGUAGAAGAGAAUCUUUGGUUCAGUGCAAGAUGCAGGCUCUCUGCUGAUCUACCAAAACCAGAUAAGGUUCUGGUUGUUGAACGAGUCAUUGAGUCCCUAGGGCUUCAGCCAGUGAGGGAUUCUCUUGUAGGGACGGUGGAAAAGCGAGGAAUCUCUGGUGGCCAAAGGAAACGAGUCAACGUGGGGCUGGAAAUGGUGAUGGAACCUUCACUUCUUAUAUUAGAUGAGCCUACAUCUGGUUUGGACAGCUCAUCUUCCCAGCUACUCCUUAGAGCUCUUAGACGUGAAGCUCUUGAAGGAGUGAACAUUUGCAUGGUUGUCCAUCAACCAAGCUAUACAUUAUUCAGGAUGUUUGAUGACUUGAUACUUCUCGCCAAAGGUGGCUUGACAGCGUACCAUGGACCAGUAAAGAAAGUUGAAGAAUACUUUGAGGGACUUGGAAUCACUGUUCCAGACCGCGUAAACCCUCCAGAUUAUUUUAUCGACAUCUUGGAGGGAAUACUUAAACCAGCCUCGGGUGUGCACUAUAAACAACUUCCAGUGAGAUGGAUGCUUCAUAAUUCGUACCCAGUUCCCAUGGACAUGCUUCAGAGUACUGAAGGGCUUGGAGGCCCUGCAGGGGAAGGUUCGAGCCAUGGAGGAGUGCCUAGCGAAGCAGGGUCCGAGGCUCAGUCGUUCGCUGGAGAGUUUUGGCAGGAUAUGAAGUCUAACGUGGAGUUCAAGAAAGACAAUAUGCAGCAUAACUUCUUGAGCAUGCCUGACCUGUCUGGAAGAACUACACCUGGUAUCCUUCAGCAGUACAGAUACUUCCUUGGCAGGGUUGGUAAACAGCGAUUACGGGAAGCCAGGACGCAAGCUGUAGAUUAUCUGAUUUUAUUGCUGGCUGGUAUUUGUUUAGGAACACUAGCUAAAGUGAGCGACGAAACCUUCGGUGCAGUUGGCUACACGUACACCGUCAUUGCAGUUUCUCUCUUGUGCAAGAUUGCGGCAUUGAGGUCAUUUUCUUUGGAUAAGUUACACUACUGGAGAGAAAGAAGUUCUGGGAUGAGCAGCCUGGCAUACUUUCUUUCCAAGGACACCAUUGAUCACUUCAACACCCUCAUCAAGCCCAUUGUGUAUCUUUCCAUGUUCUACUUCUUCAACAAUCCUAGAUCAAGCAUCUAUGACAACUACAUUGUAUUGGUCUGCCUGGUGUACUGUGUCACUGGAAUAGCUUACAUAUUGGCUAUUGCCUUUGAAGCCGGUCCAGCACAACUGUGGUCAGUGCUACUUCCAGUUGUUUUGACUCUAAUCGCGACCCGGAACGAUGAUGGCAUUGCUGGAAAACUAUCGGACGUCUGCUAUACCAAGUGGGCAUUGGAAGCAUUCGUUAUAUCAAAUGCCAAAAGAUAUAAUGGAGUAUGGCUGAUAACACGAUGUGGUUCACUCAUGGAAAAUGGGUAUGAUCUCAAUCAUUGGAACCGUUGCCUUAUUUUUCUCGGUUUAACUGGCCUAGCUAGUCGUGUAGUUGCCUUCAUCGUCUUGGUUACAUGCCAAAGGAGGUGAAAUAAUCUGUGUCAACUUGUCCUUGUAAAUAGAAGAACGAACACAGUGCCUGGAUUCUUGAUCUCGAAUUAGGGAACUUGUACAGCAACUGAAAAACAGAAAGAAAAAGAAAAACCCCGCAUAGAGAGUGAGAUGACUUGCAGUUGGGACUACCGGGAAAAUAUCACUUGUGGGAGCAUGCUUGAUAGAGGUCAGUCACUGCAUUAUGUGCAGAGUAAUUUUGCAUUGCAAUCCAGCCUAUGAAAAUGUACUCUUUAGGGUAUAGAAUGUUUCAAUGGAAGUACUUAUAUUUUUGACAGCACUCACUUCUCUUCUGCAUUCCUAAACACGAUUGAUAUCAUCAGGUAAUGUACAGUAAAACAAGACAUCGAUUGAUUCAGUACUGGUGUUCUAGUUUUAGCAUAUAUAGGAUAGAGGCAAUCUUCAGGGUUUGCCUUCUAUUGCUUCGGUAGAAGUUUAACAGUUAGUAUAGAUAUGGUAAACUUCAUCUGGAGUGUAUUCCUGCUUUAACAG